AUGGAGGAUCUUCCGCCUCCAAUCCAGGGCCCGACUGCCAAAGAGAGGAAAUAUGACCGCCAACUGCGCCUCUGGGGAGCUACCGGCCAAAUCGCACUUGAGAACUCGCAUAUCCUGCUCAUCAACUCCGGCCCAGGUGUUGUUGGUGUAGAAACACUCAAGAACCUCGUGCUUCCUUGCAUCGGCAACUUCACGAUCCAGGACUCUGCUAUCGUGAGCGAAGCAGAUCUAGGCGUGAACUUCUUCCUAGAGGACCAGCAUCUGGGAGGCUACCGGGCUGAACAUACGUGCAACCUGCUCAAAGAACUCAACCCGGAUGUGGAUGGCCAUUUCAUUACAGAGCCUAUAGAACCCUGGCUUGCGAAACCUGACGCUCUGCAACCAUAUACCCUCAUCAUCGCGACCGCACCUAUUCGUCCCGAAAUCCUUGCUAAGCUCUCCAACCACGCAAGCGCCGCGCUUAUUCCGCUAUUCUAUGUCCACUCAGUCGGCUUCUACGCCCACUUCUCCGUACACCUACCUCCUGCCUUCCCCAUCGUAGAUACACAUCCUAGCCCCGAGACCACAUCAGAUCUGCGCCUAUUACGACCUUGGCCAGAGCUCGUACAGUACGCGGAAGAGAAGACGGCCGACUUGGACAACAUGAAGCCAGAAGAUCACGGGCAUGUGCCAUGGAUAGCCUUGCUGCUGCACUUCCUUGAGCGCUGGAAGAAAGACCACGGCGGAGAGGUGCCGCAAACAUACAAGGAGAAGACCGAGUUCAGGACAUCGGUAGCACAAGCCGCGCACACCAACAACCCAGAAGGUGGCGAAGAGAACUUCGACGAGGCAGUGGCGGCAGUCCUCAAGUCCCUGAAUCCACCACAAGCAAGCAGUUCUGUCAAAGAGAUCUUUACGGCGCCAGAAUGUCUUCUGGUCCGCGAGGAUUCACCAAGCUUUUGGGUAAUUGCCAACGCCAUCGGUCUGUUCUACACCAAGUACAACGUCCUUCCAGUUCCCGGCUCUGUACCCGACAUGAAGGCCCGGUCGGCGGAUUACAUCCAGCUGCAGAACGUGUACAAAUCAAAAGCACGAAAGGAUCUGGCAGAGGUGGUAGACAGCGUCCGCUUCUUGGAGCGUAACGCUAACCGAAGCACGCCAAUUGAUGAGAAGGAUAUCGAGACAUUCUGCAAGAACGCGGCACACAUCAAACUAGUGCGUGGACGGCCGUUUCACGUUGUACAAGCAGGCGAGAAGAUCAAAUGGGGUGACCGCGCGAAGUCAAUCGCUCAAAUGCUCACCUUUCCCGACUCUCAGAUCCCGCUGUAUAUUGCUUUCCUAGCCUGGGACGAGUUUGUUGCAACACACUACCAAGAUGGUCUAGGAGGAGCACCCCGUGUCGCUGGAGAGACCGACCCCGAAACCGACUCAGAGAAGCUCACAGGAAUAGCCUUGAAGAUCGCGAACGAUCUUGUCAAAGAAGCAAACGCCUCUAUUGAAGAAGAUGAAUAUGACACGAUCAAGUCACAGAUUGGAGAGUACGCACGCGAGCUUGUGCGAGCGGGUGGUGCUGAACUACACAACAUCGGUGCCUUGGCGGGCGGGAUCGUUUCACAGGAGAUCAUCAAGGCUAUUACAGAGCAAUAUGUUCCUGUUGAUAACAACUGUGUGUUCGAUGGGAUCAAGAGCAAGAGCACCGUUUUCAAGAUCUGA